CAGAGUUUAGCUUUCCACACAAAACACACUCCCUCUCUCCCUCUCUGUCUCUCUCUCUCAAAAGGGUUCAUAGACUCAAUCCAGUGAGUCCACUGGACUUGAAGAAGAAGAAGAAUGUCUUCUCCGAUUUUUCGUCUUUCUUUACUUCUUUCGAGGAUGAAGAUCGAAUCAGUAGUUUUCGUUUUCUCAAAUUAGUGGUGUUCAGAUUCUCGGACUUCAAACGCUUCAUUUAACGGUUUCCUUUCCCUUUUUUUUUUUUUUUAAAUCUUUUUGGAACUUUUAAAAGCACAAGCAUGAAGCAUCUGUGCGAAUGAAUCUACCCGAGCGGCUCUGGUUAGAUCUUUUUCUGGUUCCGAAUUUGGAUGGUACAACUUGGAAGGGUACGCUAAUGCUGUUCUCGCAUGGUAUUUUGAUGAUUUUAUGAGCUUUUGGACACUUUUUUCGACUUCUACUUAGAAGAUUUCUUCUUGGACGGUCAAGGCAAGUUUGGUUUCCGACUUGGGAGAUUGAUGUUGUGAAGAUUUGGCUUUGUAAGCGUCUUUUACUUGAUUCUGGACCAUCACUGAGCUAGAACUUUCUCUGUUUAUGCCAUUUUCGUCUUUGGAGAACGGAUUGAUCCGAUUUAGAUUUGGUUUCUGAGGUCUUGAGGUUUAUCUGCAAACUGAAAGCUACACAAGCUCGUGAAGUUCUCUCCUUUUCACCUUUUUUUUGGGCUCCUUCCAUGGAUAAGAGAAGACAAAAGGACCAUUUAAACCACAGAAACCUAACAUUGCUUGUCCUGUUUAUUUUCUGGUUUAUUCAUACCAUCCAAUGCCGAGAGGAAAUGACCGAGCAAAUCCCUACAGAGUCUCCGUCUCCAUCUAGGGUUCCCGAUUUGAAGAAUGAUCUUAGAAGGAUAUCCCUCAGCAUUUUUUUAGGAAUUUUGACUGGGUUUCUCUGUGCGGUACUUUUUGUUUGCUUUGUGAGGCUUGUUCUUCAUUACAUGAGUAGAACCCCAAUUCUCAAAGGCCCAGUGAUCUUCACUCCUAAGAUUAAUCCCAAGACUCUCCAAUCCGCUCUCUCAAACGACAACAACCAGUUGAUUGGGUCCAGCCCUAAUGGAAAGUAUUACAAGACUGUUCUUGAUGGGGGACUUGCCUUCGCAGUGAAGAAACUUGAACCCUUUGACAAGAGUUGCCCAGAGAUUCAAAGCAAGUCUGUCAAGAGACGGAUUCAGCAAGAACUUGAAACUUUGGCAGAGUUGAAACAUCGGAAUGUGAUGAGGUUACGGGCUUAUGUUCGUGAACCUCUUCGUUUGUCUUUGGUCUAUGAUUGCAUCCCUACUGGCAGCCUUGAAGAUGCAAUGAGCAGAGUCCGGGAGAACCAGUUGCAGCUUAGCUGGGAAGUUAGGCUUAGGAUAGCGGUUGGGGUCAUCAAGGGUCUUCAGCAUCUCCAUUUUGGCUGCAGCCCAGGAGUUCUGCACCACAAUCUGAAACCCACAAAUAUAAUGUUAAAUUCUGAGUUUGAGCCAAUGCUCUCUGACACUGGCUUGGCCAAGCUUACACCCAAUUAUGGUACAAGGGCAUCAGGCUACACUGCUCCUGAGUGUUUCCAGAAUUGCAGGUGCACAGAUAAGAGCGAUAUCUUCAGUUUUGGGGUGAUAUUGGGGGUUCUGCUCACUGGGAGAGAUCCUUUGGAUCCAUUCUUUGGGGAAGCAGUUGGUGGAGGAAGUUUGGGACGGUGGCUACGCCAUUUGCAGCAAGCGGGUGAGGCACGAGAAGCAUUAGCUAAGAGCAUUCUUGGGGAUGAAGGAGAAGAGGAUGAGAUGCUAAUGGCUGUGAGGAUUGCUGUCGUGUGCCUAUCAGAUUCGCCGGCCGACCGGCCAUCAAGUGAUGAGCUUGUUCCCAUGCUCACCCAGCUGCUAAGCUUUUGAAGGAAAUGCGCAUAAAUUGGAUUUUUUUUUGUAAAUUAUUUGUAUCUCUUAAACCCAAAUUGAGGUUGAAAAAGAAGUUGUGGCCUUAGUUUUUGUCCUUUUAGAAUAACAAAUUUUUCUAAAAAAUUUCUUGCAAGGAAGGUAAAAUCAUGUCAUUUCAUAUGUAUUCAAAAAGUAAAAUGAGAAUAAUAGGAUGAUAAUUUAUUUUUAAA